AUGCAAGACCAGGUCGAUGUCCUGAGCCGGAGGGUCCGCGAGCUCGAAGAUUCCAAGGCGCGCAUGGCGAAGGAUCGCAAGUAUAUGCAGGACAAGCUCGCGCAGACCGAGAAGCGCGCAACGCAGGCCCACUAUUCCGCUCAAGUGUUAGCUGCGGAGAAGGAGGACCUGAAGGCCCGGCUCCACGAAGUCAUCUCAGAGAACACCCGCCUGGAGACGCGCAUCCUGCAGCAGGGGCGCUCGAUCAUGGGCCGCCCGUACGCCGACACGAUCCCCGACACCCUCCUGCCGUCGCCAGACGCCCCCCCGCACGAGCUCCUCGGGUUCGCCGGGCCGCUCGACACGCUGAACAACGCCAGGGACGCCGAGCUGAACCUCGCGGAGGCGCGGCUGCGCGAGAAGCAGCUCCUGAGGGAAAUGAAGCACCACGAGGCGCGCAUCGCGGAGCUGGAGGAGGCGGCGGCGGCGGCGGAGCAGCAGCGGCGGCAGGAGCUGCUCGACCGGCCGGAAAGCCCCAUGGGCGGGUCGGCGUCGGGCGCGCAGGGGCGGCAGACGCCUCCGGAGACGGUCGACGAGGACUCGGAGCUGUCCCUGCCGCGGUCGGUGGCGCGGAAGAUCGAGGAGCUCGAGUCGGACCUGCAGCACGCGGAGGCCAAGGCCAGGGAGGAGAAGGCGCGGCGCGCGAUGGUGCAGAAGCAAGUCAAGGACGCUACGCGCGCGCAGGGCAAGGCGGAGGAGGCCCUCAAGGCCCUCGCGGACGAGAAGGAGAAGCUCUUGUCGCAGCUGCGGCUCAAGAACGAAGAGGCUCGGCGGUUCCAGGAGGCCGCGCGCGCGGCGCGGGCGCUGACGCCCAAGCAGAUGCGCGACGCACAUGCCAAGGCGCAGGAGUACGAAAAGCGCCUCGAGGAGAUGCUGGAGAAGUCCGUCGCCAGCGCCGCCGCGUUCAACGCCGCGCAGCAGGAGGCGAGCGCCGCCCGGGCGGCCGCGUCCGCCCGCGACGCCGACAUAGCGGGGCUGCGAACGGAGCUGGCGGCGGAGCGGGACCUCGCGGAACGGCUCCGGAAGCAGCUGGAGGAGCUCCGGGGGGCAGGCCGGGGUGCAUCGUGGGCCGGUGGGUCGCAGGAGGGGGCCGGGGACGUGCAGGAGCGGUUGCGGGCUGCGGAGGCGGAGGUUGUCCAGCUGCGCGCGGAGCUGGAGGCUGCGAGGUCCCGGGAAGCGUCUGGGCGGUCUCCGGGGCGGGAGGGGGAGGAGACUACCGCGGAGGUCGCCGCGGCGGUGGAGGAGGAGACGGCGCAGCUCCGCGCGAAGGUGCAGGCGCUGCAAGCGCACGCGGGUGCUGCAGCGAGGAUGCAGGGGCAGGUGCAGACGCUCCGCGAGGCGCAGCGCAUCGCGGCGCAGUCGCUGAUCUCGGCUGUCGGGAGCCUGGGGGGCAGCGUGGCCCGCGCCCGCGACGCGGGGACGUGGGAGGCCGCAGCUGCUUGCGCGGAGGAACACAUGCAGCUGCUCGCCGCGGAGCGGGACGCGGCGGACAGCCGCGUGCGCGAGGUCGAGGAGCGCGCAGCGGCAGCGGAGCGGCGGUGCGAGCGGCUGCAACUCGAGGUGGACGAGCUGCGCGCUGUCAACAAGAAGCACAUGUUGCAUGAGGAGUUCCUGAAGAAGAUCGAGAGCGUUGCCGAUGGCGAUCGGAGCGCAGACGGCCCGGAUCGCAGCGAGCGGGCCGGGGCGCUUGCAGCGGACGCCGCGGACCCGUUUGCGGCGCAGGAGGAGGGUGGGGGGCGCAGCGCGGGGCUCGUGUCGGACGUGCUGGCGCUCGGGGACGACGAGCUGGCGCAGCACGACGAGGAGUCGUUCCAGAACAUGCGGGAGAGCAUCCGCGGAGGCAAGGCAGCCGCGGCACUGCGGGAGGCCGGCGCUGGUGGUGCUCAGGGGACCGUGGUGUCACCGCUCGCGGACCGGCAAGCGAGCGAGGCGGUAACGGUCGGAUCGAUCUCUUUGUGGGGCUCGGGGGGCGAUGGCGCGAACGGCGCGUUCGCGCAGACGCCCGGUGGAGGCAACGGCGUGACGCGUGGGAUGCCUGCGGUGUCGCCGAGCCUGGCGCUGGCCAACGGAGAUCAGGAGGGGGCAGUGUGGGGCAACGAUGCGGGCACUCCGGAGUUGGCGGGCGCGGGGGGGGAGCGGAAGGCGCCGAAGACGUCGGGUUUGCAAUCAGGGGGAGUGGGCCCGAAGGAGGACGAGGGGGACUACGAGGAGCACUAUUACGACGACUUCGAGCCGGAGUGA